UUCCGGUUCUAACGAACUCGGAGAGCGAUAUUCAAAAUUCAGAAGCACGCUGUUGACAAGGGAGUCAUAAACAUUGUGGAAAGGAAAACGUGUUUUUUUUUAGCAAGUUAUUACUCGAUCUCUUUGAUAUUGACCCAAGCUAAAGCUAGAAUGUCUAGCAAAAAGAGCAGCCCAAGUUACAGUAUUUAUGCGAAACUGAAGAAGAAAAAGAAUAAGGAAAACGUUCCAGAACAGACGCAACAAGCAAUUUGGAAGCUUAGAGAAACAGAAAAACUCCUUGAGAAGAAGCAAGAAUACUUGGAACAGAGGAUAGAAAUAGAGACGAACACAGCAAAGGCCAAUGUAAAGAAAAACAAGAGAAUUGCUUUGCAAGCAUUGAAGAGAAAAAAGCGACUGGAAAAGCAAUUGUCUCAGAUCGAUGGCACUCUGUCCACCAUCGAAUUCCAACGAGAUGCACUCGAAAACUCGAGCACAAAUACCGAGGUAGUGAAAAGCAUGAGUUUUGCUGCUAAUGCCCUAAAAGAAGUACACAAGACCCUAGAUAUAGACGAUGUACAUGAUGUUAUGGAUGAUGUACAAGAGCAAGCACAACUGUCGGAUGAGAUUUCGCAAGCAAUUAAUUUUGUUGGCAGUCAAGAUAUUGAUGAGUCUGAUAUUAUGAGUGAGCUUGCUGAACUGGAGCAAGAAGUUAUCGAUAAAGAAUUGAUCCAUGUAAAGAAACCGGGCCCAAGACUUCCUAAUGUCCCGUCCACAAAGCUUCCUGCUGCCCAGAAAAAGAAGAGAAGCGACGAAGAUGAGUUAAAGGAACUUGAAGCGUGGUUGGCUUGAGGGAAUCAUCAUGCACAGAUAUGACUUUAUAUUUGGGGAUUUAUUUUUUAAUGACCUUGGGACGAAAUUAUUGAAAGAAGAUCUUCAAUUUAUGAAUGCUCUUAAUAAGUAUAAAUAACAAUAUGAUGGUAACUAUUAUAAGCUAUAAGUAACAAUUUCAACCCCAAAACAGGCCCGUAAGCUAGAUUUGUGGUGGGGGAGGAGGGGGGAUGAUUUUUAAAAGGCUCCUCAUGAAAAGGAAAUGUUUUUUAGUCAAUAGAAGAUGCAUUUCCACUUAGCCACCAAGGUUAUUUCCAAGUUGCACUUGCCUUGGCUUCAGACAUCCAGAUUUUUUUGGAUUUUUUCCUACAAUACUUAUUUAUAAAAAAAGUGUGUGGGGCUAGGAGCCUGUAAAAUAGGGUGCACAUGGGUGCAGCCAUGAAGUGUAGAAGCCCGUUCAUAAGGCCUAACAGGAUUGGCUAGAUUAACUCAUUGUUCUAUUGUAUUCUCGUUCUUCGUCUGUGUUGCAUCAAUCCAAACCAAUCCAAUGUGGUGAAAUCUUCCGAUAGCUUCUACAUGACCCGUACCACCAUUAGUAGGCAGGGGAAGGUCGGGUUUUAAAAUAAUUUUCUUAAAUCUGCUGGAUUUUGCCAGCUUUGUGGAUUUUUGUGGGGAAAAACGCCUGCAUGCUAAAAAAAUGAGAAGAGGAUACAGAAAAAAGAGACGGUAAAGACCAGAAAACAGCCAGCCGAUAUUUUAAACCCUAGGAUUUUUUUUCAAGGCAUGGAACCUAUUACACACAAUUGCCUGCUGUUAGAGUUUUUUUUACAAUGCCUAAAUGCCAUCUUUGUUUAGUAGUUUAGAAUAGCCUAUAUUACUAUCUACAUCCAGGGUAAGAUGGAAGAUAAUAGUUCCAGAGAAAAAUCAGGCCCAAAAUAUAAGGGAGGAUAUAAAUAGAUCUUGAAGAACAAGGGGAUAUCUAGAUUUUUGCCAAGAGGGGGUUAUUCAGUUACAUUGACUUUCCCACAGACUGGAAUUCUAAUCUUUGAGGGCAGUUCAUCAAUAUAAAAUGCACACCAACUGGAAUGUUUUUUUGCAUCCAAGAGUAAAAUUCUGUAUGGCAUUUUUUGCACUAAACCCAAACAGACAAAAAUUUGCUUUUCUACAUACACCUAUUUAGAAAAUAUGGUGUUUUACAAUAUAGUAGUUCCGAGUUUGAAAGGAACCAAGGAUCUCAAUUUAUAUCUAAAAUAUGUAUAAAUCAAUCAUAUGAUUAACAUUUGAUAGUUAAUGUAUGGUUCUGGCCUUGAUAGAGUUUUCACCUUUAUUUCUUUACAAAAUACUACCGCUAAGUACCUUUCAGUCAUAGAUAUCUGCCAUUAGCUGUUUGCACUGACCACGUUUUUAGUAGAUCGAUGUAUACCUCCUAGGGGAUGUAUAAGGAAAUGAUAGUCACAGCUUCUACAGCCCCCCUGCUAUGACUGUCUGUUAUCAGGGGUUGAGGUUUUUUAUAUUGGCUUGACAGAAAGGUAGAAAGAGAGUAGUAAAACAAAGAAAAUGUUAUGUUAUCAAACCCUUUAUUAAUAAAUAUGUUUUUAUUUAUUUUAGGCCUAUGAUCAGCCUGUGUAAUAAAAGAUGCUUCAAAAUAA